UUUGAUUAUCGUGCAUCAAAAUAUGACUCAAAAUCAAAUUAAUAAGCCAAGCCAUGUAUUCGAACAUUUUGACGGUCAAAAGUUUACCGUCCGCGGCACUAGGAAAAGAAUUUCUUAUGGCGAAAAGAGUCAUAGGUCAGGGGCACUCCAUUUAAAGACGGAAACUAAUAGGAUGAGUAUGAGUUCUAUAUCCUUUAAGCCAUCCGAAAUGUCGCGCGCCUCUCAUCGGCACUCACAGGUAAAUUUCAAGACGAGUUUUCAUGAAAAGCAACUCGACACAACGCUUACUAAGCAUGGCACCAAAAUGUCGAAGUCCACAUACUUGGAUGAGGAGUACUGGGCGGAACGAGAUAAAAGUUUUAAUGAUGAAGCUGAUAUUAGCGAGCACCCCAGCUAUUCGAUUAAAAAUGUUGCCUAUAAUCUUGAGUGUGAAAUGCUUUAUUUGAAGGCUAAGGAAAAAUACGAUUCACAGUUCUUCCGUGAGGUGCAGUAUAUAAUUAAAUCAAACAAAAAAACAUCAGAUCAGUACUUUACUAAGCGAAUCCUUUCGUACACUACGCUCUGGCCACCCUUGCAUACAAAAUCCGAACUAGACAUUUUUAAAAGAAGAUUUUUUCAACUGACUCCGGCUGAACGAAAUCGCGUGGAUUACUUAAUGGCCACUGAUUUAAGUGAUAUUUAAUUGCAAUUCUAAAUAUGUUGGGAUGCCAUUUUAAAAAUGUUUCUCACAUAACUCUGCUUGCAAUUAAAUAUUCAAAUAAA